GCCAACCCGAGGAUGCUCUACGUAUGCCGGUGUGGAACCUUUCAGCGAAUAUUAAAUUAAUCAAUGAAAUACUUCGAAUUCACAAAAUCCACUUUUGCUCGAACAUAUGUUCAUGACAUGAGAUUGAAUUAAUCGCUCUCACAGUGAUUAAAACUACUGCUUCGAAAACGCUACUUUUGAAAUAAUUGGAAUCAACAUUUGGUCGCAAUUAUAGAUUCUUGUAAAGAGUUGCACUUCUUGUAAAGAGGUGUACUUCAGGCUGACUUGCAUAGAUGAGCUUGUAUGUAUGUGCGUACAUCAUUUGCAUACAUAUGUAUAUACAAGAAAUUAAUCAGCUCUGAUAUGAGUGCGUAUGCAUAUUAUGCUGUGUGUGAAAGGAAUCGAAUUUCAUUUUAAAAUCGAUUUAGAAAUCGAUGUUUCGACGAAAUCGAAUAUGCAGUGCUAGCCUAGCUGAUGCUGAGUAAUUUAUAUUUUUCCACUGAAUAAGCAGAAUUGCGAGUCAUAUUAUAAGAAUCUGAUGUAAAAUAUUAAUAAUGGCGAAUUGUGUCAAUUUCACAUUGAAUAAUCUAUUGACGUCUUACAAGAAGUGGAUUGUGGCUAAUCCGCACUUGCUCUCAGAUAUUGAAGCUACUGUCAGAUGUCUAUCCUACUUCAGUUUUGGACAAUUGCGCAAUUCAAGUUUGGCUGUAGAACUAAUUUACUCUAUGCCAAAUCUAAUUGUGCUGUGUAAUGAUUUACUUAUGUAUAGCAGCAAAUGUAAGGAUUUGAAAAUACCUCAAUUUGAAUCAAAGAUUAAGAUUUGGUUGACUGUGGUGGAAUAUACUGAGAUACUGCUUGAGGUAUCAGCUGAAAAAUUGUGGGGUGCAAAGGGAAAGUGGUUAAUAAUCGUAGUUAUACAAUUGUUCAAGACCAUAUUGCGACUUUUAUCGAUUCAUGUCUAUAAGGAACGUAUGACAAAGAGUCCUGCAACACCACCGCUUAACAGAGAAAAGUUUAAUAAAGCGGUUAAUAGUAUACAAUCAAAGGAAGGAUUUGUGUUGAAAAGAUCAGGCACUGUUAUUAGAAGUAUAAAAUAUUCAGCUCCUAUAGAAAAGCGAACAUGGACAGCCUUGGAGUCUAAAAUGAAUAUAACUAUGGACUUAACUCCCAAAGAUCAGGAAUCUGAGAAAAAUCAAGAAAAAAUUUGUAAAUUAGCUGAGAGUCUUUACGUGACAAAACCAUUACUUCAUCUUGGCUGUAUGUACAUUACUAGUAAAAAGCAAUGGCCACCAUGGUUGUUAUCAUUCAUUAUCGAUAUAGUCAGUUUGAAUAUGUUUAAUCGCUGUCCAAUGGCAUUAUUCAAUAAAGAAGAAAAAGAAGAACUCGUGCGACGAAGGUUAAGUUUAUUGCUGUACAUUUUAAGAUCGCCGUUUUACGAUAAGUACAGCCGUGUUAAGAUAAAUGAAUUACUUGAUGCAUUGUCUACCUCUGUACCUUUCGCCAAGUUAUUGACAAAUGCUGUUAAAAAAAAUCUGCCAUAUAUGCAGAGUAUGUAUUUUUAUAUGUGGUCGCGUUAACUUUUCAGAGUGCUAAAUAAGUUAUGAGAAAUACAUAUGUAACUCGUUACAAGUAUAAAAAUUGUAGCAAAAUCUAAACAUUCCGUAAUUCAUGAAUAAUCGGAAAAAUAGCAUAAGUAUAUAUGAUAUUUUUAUAUUUCUCUUUAUUGUUGCAUAAUAAA